CCUCCAGCCCGGGAUCCUUGGUGCCUGCUGUCUCUGGGAUGUGUGGACUCUGGGGUGCAGAUGCCUAUAAGGUUUCCUUAUUUCUGAAGCCUGGGGUUGGGGUCCCAGUUCUGGAAAUCUGUGUUUGGGAUUCUCCUGUCUUCUGCUUCUGAGAGCAUCUCUGCUCUGUGUCUCCCUUGAAAAUGACAGUGUGAUCUAGCAGAAGACUGGGCUUUGGCCCUGAGGUAGGAUCCCACAGACUUUGCUCUGGGGGCCUGUGUUUUCUGCAAGUUUUGUUUGCAAUCUGGGACACAGGGCUGUUGGUCUGAGGUCAGGGGGUAGGGUUCAGGGACCCCCUCCAGUUUGCACCAUUGCACACACACACACCCAUGCUUGCACUCAUGUCCAGCUUCACCCAGAUUGGAAGAUGUCUGCCCAGGGAGGCGGGUAUGGUGUGGUAUAUGGAGGAGGGAUGGAGGUCCCCUGAAGGAGACUGACCUUCCAAAACACUCCCACAAGAGAAACUUGAUCCGGUGUGUGAGGGGACCCACGUUAUACCCUCCUGAGAGCAGAGGCCAACAGGGGACCAGGGGGAGAAGAAGCGACAGAAUAGGAGAUGAGGUUAGACAGAGAGAAGAAAGAGACAGAGACAAAGAGGAUGGGAGUGAGAGCUCCCCAGGGCAGGAGGAGUAGACAGACCAAGAAUAGCAAAUAAAAAUAGGAAAAGACUGGCAGGGGCUGAGGGCUGGAGGCACGAAGCGUGAGUACCCUCCUCAUUCUGGGCUAGGUCUGGGAUCAUUUCCUAGGGCGUCAGUCGGAUCCCGCAGCAGCCCUGUCUCAGGGGACCAGCCAUUGCUGAGGAGACUGUCCGCCUGUGCGUCUGACUUCAAGGCCCCAGUUGCUCCCCCUCACCUCCCAGGUGGAUGCAGAUGACGUCAUGACCAAAGAGGAGCAGAUCUUCCUGCUGCACCGCGCCCAGGCCCAAUGUGAGAAGCGGCUCAAAGAAGUCCUGCAGAGGCCAGCCGACAUAAUGGAAUCAGACAAAGGAUGGGCAUCUGCGUCCACAUCAGGGAAGCCCAAAAAAGAGAAGGCAUCUGGGAAGCUCGACCCUGAGUCUGAGGAGGACAAGGAGGUGCCUACUGGCAGCAGGCCCCAAGGUGUCCUCCACCUUUUUCUGUCUGUCUCUGUGGGCACAGGGCGCCCCUGCCUGCCGGAGUGGGACCACAUCCUGUGCUGGCCGCUGGGGGCUCCAGGGGAGGUGGUGGCCAUGCCCUGUCCCGACUACAUUUAUGACUUCAAUCACAAAGGCCAUGCCUACCGCCGCUGUGACCGCAAUGGCAGCUGGGAGCUGGUGCCUGGGCACAACCGCACGUGGGCCAACUACAGCGAGUGCCUCAAGUUCCUGACCAAUGAGACGCGCGAACGGGAGGUGUUUGACCGCCUGGGGAUGAUCUACACCGUGGGCUACUCCGUCUCGCUCGCAUCUCUCACCGUGGCGGUCCUCAUCCUGGCCUACUUUAGGAGGCUGCACUGCACACGCAACUACAUCCACAUGCACCUGUUCCUGUCCUUCAUGCUUCGCGCCGUGAGCAUCUUCGUCAAGGACGCGGUUCUCUACUCGGGCACCGCCCUCGACGAGGCCGAGCGCCUCACCGAGGAAGAGCUGCGCGCCAUCGCCCAGGCACCGCCGCCACCCGCCGCCGCCGCCGGCUACGUGGGCUGCCGGGUGGCUGUGACCUUCUUCCUUUACUUCCUGGCCACCAACUACUACUGGAUUCUGGUGGAGGGGCUGUAUCUGCAUAGCCUCAUCUUCAUGGCCUUCUUCUCAGAGAAGAAGUACCUCUGGGGCUUCACAGUCUUCGGCUGGGGUCUGCCUGCCAUCUUCGUGGCUGUGUGGGUCGGUGUGAGAGCUACCCUGGCCAACACCGGGUGCUGGGAUCUCAGCUCUGGGAACAAGAAGUGGAUCAUCCAGGUGCCCAUCCUGGCCUCCAUUGUGCUCAACUUCAUCCUCUUCAUCAACAUCGUGCGGGUUCUCGCCACCAAGCUGCGGGAGACCAACGCUGGCCGGUGUGAUACGCGGCAGCAGUACCGGAAGCUGCUCAAAUCCACACUGGUGCUCAUGCCGCUCUUUGGCGUCCACUACAUCGUCUUCAUGGCCACGCCGUACACCGAGGUCUCAGGGACGCUCUGGCAAGUCCAGAUGCAUUACGAGAUGCUCUUCAACUCCUUCCAGGGAUUUUUUGUUGCCAUCAUAUACUGUUUCUGCAAUGGUGAGGUACAGGCUGAGAUCAAGAAAUCCUGGAGCCGCUGGACACUGGCACUGGACUUCAAGCGCAAGGCACGCAGCGGGAGCAGCAGCUACAGCUACGGUCCGAUGGUGUCUCACACGAGUGUGACCAACGUAGGGCCCCGCACGGGACUUGGCCUGCCCCUCAGCCCCCGCCUGCUGCCUGCGGCUACCACCAAUGGCCACCCCCCGCUGCCCGGCCACACCAAGUCAGGGUCCCCAGCUCUCCAGGCCACACCACCUGCUGUGGCUGCUCCUAAGGAAGAUGGAUUCCUCAACGGCUCCUGCUCAGCGCUGGAUGAGGAGGCCUGUGCGCCAGAGAGGCCACCUGUCCUGCUGCAGGAGGAGUGGGAGACAGUUAUGUGAUCAGGGACCCGAGGGUUGGACCUGUGGACGUGAGGGUGGACAGGCGGACCAAGAGACGGGUUGUUGGACAGUUGCCCACUCAGGGCUGGGGCUGGGAGGACAAAAAGGAAAAAAAAAAAAGAAAAAAGAAGAAAAGGGAAAA